AAUUAAACCAAGGGCUUUUUCUUAAAUCUUGUAGCCUGUGAGUAUAGAUUUUUUACUCGCUGGCAGGCUUCUUGACUAGUUCAUCGAUCCCAGUCCCGCAAUGGUUAUGGGCAUUUUUACGGUGGCAAUUGUGCUGUUAAACAUCAUCGAGUUAUCAAAUGGAGCGAUAACAAGUGGUUACCAGAGGAAAUCUGAACCGUCCAUGGAUUUGCCACUUGAGAGCUUUCCUCCACCUCCAGGUCACAGUGCACCUGAGCAGGUACACAUAACUCAAGGUGACCAUGAAGGAAGAGGUGUAAUAAUUUCUUGGGUAACCCCUAAAAAACACCCUGGAGUUGUGACUUAUUGGGAAGCUGGUCAUGAACAAAAGAAGCACAAGACAAGUUCCAAAACUACUCAUUACAAAUUCUACAAUUACACUUCGGGUUACAUUCACCAUACUUUGAUCAAAGGACUGAAGCAUGAUACAAAAUACUAUUAUGAAGUUGGACAACAUGAGGUUGCGAGGCGUUUCCAUUUCACUACUCCUCCACCAGUAGGACCUGAUGUUCCUUAUACCUUUGGUGUAAUAGGGGAUUUAGGGCAAACUGCUGACUCAAACCAGACAUUGGAACAUUACGUUUCUAAUCCACAAGGGCAAGCGAUGUUGUUUAUUGGAGAUCUUUCGUACGCUGAUGAUCACCCUUUUCAUGAUAAUAGGAGGUGGGAUACUUGGGGUCGUUUUGUUGAGAAGAGUGCAGCUUAUCAAGCAUGGAUUUGGACUCCUGGAAAUCACGAACUUGAUUUUGCCCCCGAACUUGGAGAAAGUGUUCCUUGGAAACCCUUCUUGCAUAGAUAUAGUGUGCCAUACAAGGAAUCCAAGAGCACAUCUCCACUGUGGUACUCCAUCAAAAGAGCAUCAGCUUACAUAAUUGUCCUCAAUUCUUAUUCAGCCUAUGGUAAAUAUACCCCACAAUACUCAUGGCUCGAACAAGAGCUCCCAAAAAUCAACAGAAAACAAACUCCAUGGGUAAUUGUUCUGCUUCAUUCUCCAUGGUACAACUCUAACAACUACCAUUACAUGGAAGGAGAAAGCAUGAGAGUCAUGUUUGAGCCUUGGUUUGUUGAGCACAAGGUUGAUAUUGUUUUCGCAGGCCAUGUUCAUAGUUAUGAACGCUCCGAGAGGGUAUCAAACAUAAAGUACAAUAUUACGGAUGGAUUGAGUGCUCCCAUUAGGGAUUCGUCUGCUCCCGUCUACAUUACCAUUGGUGACGGUGGAAAUGUUGAAGGCAUAGCCAACAAGUAAGAUGAGCUACACUCUUCUUCUUCUUCUUUCAAAUCCUCUAUUUUCAUACCAUUGUUUUCUUAAUUUUUGCCAUAUAUAUAUACUAAAUAAAUUGAGCAGGAUUUUAGUGGGUAUUUUCUCUAUUGUAAAGUUCAUAAUUAACUAUGAUCUAUAUUGAAAAGUAUAUCGCCGCGAUUUUGCGGUGUGUAUCAUGCGGUACUCAUAAUAAUUAUUAUUAUAACUAAAUCAUGAUAGAAAAAGUAAGAAGGACCGAAAAAAAGUGGGUAGAAUAUUUGACCUUCACAUAUUUGACCUUUUUCUUUUUUUUCUUUUUUUUUUUUUGUUUGUUUGGAAAAUUGAAUGCAGCUUCAUAGAUCCCCAACCACAUUACUCAGCAUUCCGGGAAGCAAGUUUUGGGCAUGCAAUUCUGGAAAUUAAGAACAGAACACAUGCAUUUUACACUUGGCAUCGUAACCAUGAUAAUGAGCCUGUCGCUGCUGAUUCCAUGUGGUUUUACAACCGAUUUUGGCACCCUGAAGAAGAGCCAAGCACCAUCCGUUAAUUAGUUCUGGCUUGAAUUAAGUAGUUUUCAGUUUUUGUUUUUAUUUUUUUUAUUUUUUCAUUUUUCCCCUUCAGCUUCUGUGCAGUGUUUGGCUAUUCUAGUUUAGAGGUGCCGAUCCUAAUUACUCCUUCUGUCCUA